AGCACACCAACGCCCUUGAUGGCCAACACGUGAGCGAAGAACGCUGCGUUGCUAUGGUUUGGGGCAUUUCUCUCGGCUUGCUGUUGGGAGGAUUUUUGUGUGGCUACCUCUUUGGUCGCAGACGGAGCAAAGAUGGCUGCAAUGACAAGGAGAAGCCCAAGCGACGCAGUGACUCAAACUUUACCGAUCGUGACGCAAUUCUCGAGUUGGAGCAGCGGCUAAAUCAGGAGGGGACCUUGCGCUUGGCUCGGCAGGUCACUGGAGGUUCACCACCUCGAUCCCCCAGACCUGCCCGCAACCAUUCCCACUCUCGACUCCGUGAAGACACCAUGUCUAUCGCCUCCAGCAACGACGAUGCGGGCAAAAUUUAUGGCCUUGGAGGGUACAGCCAAUCCAACCGUGUUCUCUUGUGCAUGGUGGGCUUACCUGCACGAGGGAAAUCCUACAUCACCAAGAUGCUCAUGCGUUAUCUUACGUGGAGCGGUUUUCCAGUGAAAGCCUUCAAUGCGGGUAACCUGCGCCGUCAAACAGGCAAUUGCAGUGCCUCGGCGGAAUUCUUCAGCAGCGCAGAAUCUGCCACGAAAAUGCGUGAGCAGAUCGCGGACGAGUGCAUGCACGAGGCUAUUGCAUGGCUUCGAAUGCACAAGAGCGUCUGUGUCGCCAUUUUUGAUGCGACGAAUACCACCACCAGGAGGAGGCAGCGGAUCAUCGACAAAUGUCGUCAGGUGACCGGGAUCACCCCGGUCUUCGUAGAGAGCAUUUGUGACAACAAGGAAAUCUUGGAACGGAACUACAAACUCAAAUUGGACAAUGAUGACUACAGGAAUAUGGAUCCAAUAAAGGCACGGCUUGAUUUCAUCCGACGAGUGGAGGAAUACAAGUCGAGAUACCAGACAGUUUCAGAUCAAGAGGAUGAGGGUGAGAUUUGCUAUGUGAAGCUCUACAACGUCGGACAGAAGGUCGAGAUGCAUCACUGCUCUGGAUAUUUGAUGAGUCAGAUUGGUUUCUUCCUGUCCAACAUCCACAUCCAACCUCGGUGUAUUUGGCUUACGCGGCAUGCCGAAAGUGGAGAUCAACUGUCAGGGAUCUUGGGUAGCCACCGUGGCGAGCUCACGCACAAUGGCCGAAACUACUGCCGCGAAUUGGCCAGUUUUUUGCACAAAUGCCGCCGCGAAAUGGAAGAGGCUGGUCAUGUGGAGAGCUGCGGGGAUUUUUUGGUGCUGAUGGGCACUGCGCCUGUGCACUACUCCACUCUGCAGUCGAUGAUCAAGAGUUCCAGCUCCAGUUUGUCAGAUGGAGAUCCAUCCCCUGCCUCAAUUUCAGGCGCCUCCUCACCACCAGCAGUGCCAGUGAAUUGCAAGGGAUUCCAGGCCAUGAGCACUUCGCUGCUGAACGAAUUGGACGGUGGCGUUUGCAACGGCUUGAGCUAUGCGGAGAUCAUCCGGGAUUAUCCAGAUCUUUGGGCAGCACGAGAGCGAGACAAGCUCAAUUUCCGCUAUCCAAACGGCGAGUCGUACCAGGAUGUUAUUGGGCGGCUUCGGCCGAUCAUCAUUGAACUGGAGCGGCAACGUCGAUCCAUUCUCGUUAUUUCUCAUUUGGCAGUACAGCGAUGCUUGUAUGCCUACUUUACAGGAACACCUAUGGAGGAGAUCCCAUAUUUGAACAUGGACAUGCACACAGUGGUAGAGCUGCGUCCUGGCGCCUUUGAUUGUCAAGUCCGUUCUGAGAAUCUUUGGGAUACCAGUCCUGAGUGUCCGACACCCUUGCGCUGAUCAAGGCUGCAUGUUUUCCCUAUGUUUUCCCUUUUUUCCUUGUUUUCCCGCGGUGCGCUAAAAUGGUCGCCUCUCA